ACUAACCCACAAACUACUUACUUAUAGUAGGUGGUUUGUGAACUAACCUCUAGCAGUUGUCAACUUUGUGAAAAAAAUUAUUGGAUUUAGUAAAUUUUUUUUUUAUUAAAUUCAAUUUUACAUAUAUUAUAAUUAAUCAGUUCCUGCUUCUUUACAUUGGGUUAUAGGUUGAAUUAGUGUUAGUCAUGGAAACCAUUUUGGAACAGCAACGAAGAUAUCAUGAAGAAAAAGAACGUUUGAUAGAUGCUAUGGUGAAAGAAAUGCUGACUAAAAAAACAAUGUACCGCGAAGCGAUAAAUUCAGACCAUCGUCAAAAGUUUCUAUUGGACAGAUAUAUGACUGCUACAGACCGCUUAAUUGAGCUUUAUGAAGAUAAAGAUGGUCAGCGUAAAGCUGAAGUUGCAUCUUUAACUGGCCCAAAUGAAUUUCAAGAAUUUUACAAUAGGCUCAAACAAAUCAAAGACUUUUAUAGAAGACAUCCAAAUGAAAUAAGCGUGCCCAUGUCUGUAGAGUUUGAUGAAUUUGCUAAGGCAAGGGAAAAUCCAAACGAUGAUAUGGCCAAUUUUGUGGAAUUCACAGAUGAAGAGGGAUACGGAAAGUAUUUGGAUCUGCACGAGUGUUAUGAAAAAUACAUAAAUCUAAAAGGAAUUGAGAAAGUAGAUUACAUCACGUACCUUGGAAUGUUUGAUCAACUUUAUGACAUUCCCAAAGAAAGAAAAAGUGGUGAAUACCGAAAAUAUUUAUUAUGUCUUAUAGAGUAUUUGAUGUGGUUUGUCCAAAGGAUCAAGCCAUUAAUGGAUUUAGAAAGUGGUUUACAGGAAGAAGUUGAUAGAGUUAUUGCUACAUGGGAAAGUGGCACAGUACCUGGAUGGCCUAAAGAAACGGGUUCUGCUUUAGCCAAUGUUGGUGCACAUUUGGAUCUUUCUGCAUUUUCCAGCUGGGAAGAAUUGGCUUCUUUAGGUCUGGAUCGUCUUAAAUCUGCUCUUAUGGCAUUAGGGCUGAAAUGCGGAGGGACUUUGGAAGAACGAGCUCAAAGAUUGUUUUCAACCAAAGGAAAAGGUUCUUUGGAUCCUUCUCUUAUGACUAAAACCAAUAAAGGAAAAGCUAGCAAAGAAAAGGAACAACUUCGUCAAAGGUAUUCUUUUAGCUUAUUCCUAUUACAUUUCAGAUUGGCAGAAUUAGUUGCUGUUCAGAGAACAGCAACAAAAGAGAAUGUACAAAGAAAACAAGCACGCACAGAUGGUGAACGUGAUGAUAGCGAAAAUGAAGAAAGUGAUGAUGACAGUCCUGAUGAGGGUGACGACGAUGUUCCAUAUAACCCUAAAAAUCUUCCUCUCGGAUGGGAUGGAAAGCCUAUUCCAUAUUGGCUGUAUAAGCUUCAUGGUUUGAAUAUAAGUUACAAUUGCGAAAUAUGCGGAAACUAUGUUUAUAAAGGACCAAAAGCUUUCCAGAGACAUUUCGCUGAGUGGAGACACGCCCAUGGAAUGAGAUGUUUAGGAAUUCCAAAUACUGCACAUUUUGCGAAUGUUACACAGAUUGAAGAUGCUUUAGCCUGUAAGUAGUGAGAUUUUAUACCC